CGUCAUAAUCCCCUUCCUGGUCAGACACAACAGCAAUGGCGGCCGCGGCACGGUUUCUUUUAAGGACAGCGGGCUCCUCUAAAGCCUCCAUCACAAAUGUAAACAGCGGAUUGCACGGCAAAUAUGGAGCUACUUUACUAAGAGUGUCUCCCAGUUGCAACCUUCUUGCGAAAACGCAAAGAAGAUACGCAGCUCAUUUCACCUUUCAACCCGAGUCUGUCCAAACAGAAUAUGGCCCCACUCAGAAGAUGAACCUUUUCCAGUCUGUAACCAGUGCCUUAGAUAACACCCUUGCCAGUGACCCCACUGCAGUUAUCUUUGGUGAGGACGUGGCCUUCGGUGGGGUGUUCCGGUGUACCGUGGGGCUGAGGGAUAAGUAUGGUAAAGACCGCGUCUUCAACACCCCACUCUGUGAGCAGGGCAUUGUGGGCUUCGGAAUAGGCGUGGCAGUCGCCGGAGCGACCGCCAUUGCAGAGAUCCAGUUUGCAGAUUACAUCUACCCUGCCUUUGAUCAGAUUGUGAACGAAGCGGCCAAGUACCGCUAUCGCUCUGGUAACCUGUUUGACUGUGGGAACCUGACCAUCCGGGCGCCGUGGGGGUGCGUGGGGCACGGCUCUCUCUACCACUCCCAGAGCCCAGAGGCUUUCUUUGCCCACUGCCCGGGCAUCAAGGUGGUGAUUCCCAGGGGGCCAGUCCAGGCUAAAGGCCUACUCCUGUCCUGCAUCGCAGACAAAAACCCAUGUAUAUUCUUCGAACCCAAGAUCCUCUACCGCGCAGCAGUGGAUCAGGUUCCUGUGGAGCCUUAUCAGAUUCCACUCUCAGAGGCUGAGAUCCUGCAAGAAGGAAGUGAUGUCACAUUGGUUGCCUGGGGAACGCAGGUCCAUGUGAUAAAAGAGGUUGCUGCCAUGGCGCAAGAGAAACUGGGCGUGUCUUGUGAAGUUAUCGACCUGCAGACCAUUCUGCCCUGGGACACGGAGACUAUCUGCAAGUCGGUGGUGAAGACGGGACGGCUGCUCGUCAGCCAUGAAGCUCCAGUGACCGGGGGAUUCGCUGCAGAGAUCAGCUCCACGGUGCAGGAGGAAUGCUUCUUGAAUCUGGAGGCACCCAUUGCAAGGGUUUGCGGGUACGACACACCGUUCCCCCACAUCUUCGAGCCCUUCUACAUCCCUGACAAGUGGAAGUGCUUUGAUGCUGUUAAGCGGAUGAUCAACUACUGAAGUACAGAAUCACUUGGAGCUCAUCGCAUCCAGGCAGAACCUAAUUUUUCCAGCUCACUCUGACCAGAGAUAACACACAAACUGUUUUCAAUUAGGGAUUUUUUUGUGUUAGUGGACUCAUUGCGCUGUCUUGUCCAGCUCUGCCCAAGUGUGGCUGGUUAUGGAAAAAUGGUGUAGAACACUAAAGGGCAUGCUCUGUGAGCUCUGUAGGAUGACAUGUCCUUUGCUCUUUAUCUCCUACUCUGGUUGAAUGUGAUGGUGCCCUCUCAUCUUGUUGUUUGUAUUUAACUUUGCUGUACUUAAUUGAAGAGGAUCGGUUUUUUCAUGAAAUAAAUGGACCUUGCAGUGGUACACUGGAA